AGCUGUGCACCCGCGGUCCAGCUGUGCGCGCACGUCGGGAGUCCAGCCAUGUCCGCCGAGAGAGAGGCAGCGGAGACGGCCACUGUGGUGGCGGUGGCCGAGGCAGGGACCGGGGAAGAUGCCCCUUCGGAGCCCCCCAAAACCGAGGCACCGAACGAUCCCCAGCCGAGCGCAGCCUCCGAAGGGGCGGCGGCCGCCUCUCCGCCGCCGGUGCGCUGCCUGGUACUCACCGGCUUCGGCGGCUACGACAAGGUGAAACUGCAGAGCCGGCCCGCCGCGACCCCGGCCCCAGGCCCCGGACAGCUAACACUGCGCGUCCGGGCCUGUGGACUCAACUUCGCUGACCUCAUGGCUCGGCAGGGGGUGUACGACCGGCUGCCGCCGCUGCCCUUCACCCCGGGCAUGGAGGGCGCCGGCGUCGUGAUCGCCGUGGGCGAGGGAGUGAGCGACCGUAAGGUAGGGGACCGAGUGAUGGUGUUGAUCCGGUUAGGGAUGUGGCAGGAGGAGGUGACUGUACCAGCAGCGAACACCUUUCUGAUGCCUGAGGCAAUGACCUUUGAAGAAGCUGCUGCCUUGCUGGUCAACUAUGUCACAGCCUACAUGGUCCUUUUUGACUUCGGCAACCUAAGGCCUGGCCACAGUGUCUUGGUCCACAUGGCUGCAGGUGGUGUGGGUAUGGCAGCUGGGCAGCUAUGUCGCACUGUGGAGAAUGUGACAGUGUUUGGAACAGCCUCAGCCAGCAAGCAUGAAAUGCUGAAGGAGAAUGGGGUCACACACCCUAUUGAUUAUCACACCACUGACUAUGUGGAUGAGAUCAAGAAGAUCUCCCCCAAAGGAGUGGACAUCGUCAUGGAUCCUCUGGGCGGGUCAGAUACUGCCAAGGGCUACAAUCUCCUCAAACCCAUGGGCAAAGUUGUCACCUAUGGAAUGGCCAACCUGGUGACGGGCCCCAAGCGGAACCUGAUGGCCCUGGCCCGCACAUGGUGGAAUCAAUUCAGUGUGACAGCUCUGCAGUUAUUGCAGGCAAACCGAGCCGUGUGUGGCUUCAACUUAGGCAACCUGGAGGGUGAGGUGGAGCUGGUCAGGAGUGUAAUCAUCCGCCUCCUGGAGCUAUACAACCAGGGCCACAUCAAACCCCACAUUGACUCCGUCUGGCCCUUUGAGAAGGUGGCUGAUGCCAUGAAACAAAUGCAGGAAAAGAAGAAUGUGGGCAAGGUCCUCCUAGUUCCCGGGCAGGAGAAGGAGAACUAGCGUUGAGGGGGCCAAGGGCUCUUGAGACUGGCCAUGGAAACAUUGAGAAGCCCCUGUUCUGUUGACUACCAGCCUGUCACAUUUCAUCCUCUAUCUUAAUGCUCUACCCUUCCUUCCCCCAAAGGUCUCCGUGAUGAUGACUGAUUCCUUGCCCUGAUCAAGGUCAGGGCUUCCCCCUCCCCCUUCCCACCCUCAGAAGAGGUUGGGAAGUGACCACUUGGAUGUUCAGGCCCUGCCAAGGGGUAGGGAGGGUGUGAGGGAGGCUAGUUGCUUCCUGGUCCCAUCCUCCACCCCCACCCAGGCCUGCUGUGCUGCUUUUGUGCCAAGGUUAGCCAGCCCCUCCCUUCCCCAAGCUCCCAUCCUUCCCCCCAUCCCCCCCUGCCAUGUGUGUGUGUGUGUGUGUGUGUGUGUGUGUGUGUGUGUGCGUGCACGCACGCAUUUCCCCCUCUGCUUCAUCUCUCAUCUUCCCUUCCUCUUCUGCCCUAUCCCCCAAAGAACUGAAAUGUCAGCUCAGGAUAUGGGGCUACUUGUGUGAAGUCCAGCAUGUAGUUGUCUCCCUCGUGUCCCUUUAACCCAGGCCUACCAUCGCUCAGCUCUUGACCUUGAUCAGUGCCCAGCCUUGUCUUCUGUCCCCCAACUUCUUAAGCACAAUUGGAUUUCUUUCACCUCCAGGUUUUCUGCCAUUCUUAACCAAGGCUGCCUCCUACAGCAAGGGCAAGAAUCAAACUGACUUCCCUUAGGCCACAACUCUGGGAGGAUACUGAGCACCCCUUCCCUUCACUGAGGUCUCUGGAUGUUGUUCUCAGUGCCUUAGCGUCGGAAAACCUGUGCUUAUGUGUGUGUGUGUAGGUAUGGGGGGGUCCCCUCUCUCCAGCCUCUUUUAUCCACCCUGUCCUUCCCAGUGCCUUCCUUGUCCUGGUGGAGCUGGGGUUUUACUGCUCCCCAGUGAGACAACACUGCCAAAUAUCUGUGUAUGUGCCAGCAAUUGGGGAGGCCAGCCUCUAGCGUCAGGGGCAGGAUCAAGGCAAAAAAAAAAAAAAGCUUCACUGUGGUCUGUGCCAUUUCCUGUCUCUUGUCAGUGACAGAGAAAGAGGUGGGAAAGCUUUACCAACCAGAGCCCUGAGAGGCGCUGCAGUGUCUUCUUCUGGGACCAAAGUGAACAUUGAAGCACAUUCCCUUGGCCUUCAAGAGAGGCCUGCUUGCCUUCUCAGAGAAGAGGGGCAGCUUUUCAGUUCAGCCUUGAACUUUGUUUACAUGCUUGGGGAGGUGGAGCAGGGGGUAGUUAGGACUGGGCUGCUGGAACCAAAGUGGGGACUUUCUGGGGGGGGGGGCACCCCCCUCUGCUGCAGAACUGGGAUUAGGGAGGGUUUAUGACCCCAGCCAUUGCCAAUGGGAGGAGGGAGGGGAGGAGCUCAGCCUGUUCCUAAAUGUCAUCUAAAUGAGGCCUCAAUGUGGGAAGUUGAUUUCUGCUUUUGUGUUCCCCACCCCAUUACCACAGCUGCCUUUGUGUUUGUGUCAAUAAAAAGCCAAACCCUUGGUCCUGGA